AUGACUUUGGGAAGAAUGGCCUUCAGCAAUGACUCUUCUGUGAAGGAGUUUAUCCUGCUGGGCUUAACACAGCAGCCAGAGCUCCAGCUGCCUCUCUUCUUCCUCUUCUUGGGAAUCUAUGUGGUCUCCAUGGUGGGGAACCUGGGAUUGAUUGUUCUGAUUGUUUUGAAUCCUCAUCUGCACACCCCCAUGUACUAUUUUCUCUUCAACCUUUCCUUUAUUGAUUUCUGCUACUCCACUGUCAUAACACCCAAAAUGCUGGUGGGUUUUGUGAAGCAGAACAUCAUCUCUCAUGCUGAGUGUAUGACUCAGCUCUUUUUCUUCUGCUUCUUUGUUAUUGAUGAGUGCUACAUUUUGACAGCAAUGGCCUAUGACAGAUAUGCUGCCAUCUGUAAGCCCCUGCUUUACCAGGUUACUAUGUCUCAUCAGGUCUGCCACUUGAUGAUGCUAGGAGUGUAUGUGAUGGGGCUUGUGGGUGCCAUGGCACAUACUGGUAGCAUGCUAAGUCUGACCUUCUGUGAUGGCAACAUUAUCAAUCACUACAUGUGUGAUAUACACCCUCUCCAGAAGCUCUCCUGCACAAGCACCUCCAUCAAUGAGCUGGUAGUUUUCAUUGUUGUGGGUGUCAAUGUAAUCAUACCCAGUCUGACUGUUUUUAUUUCUUACACUUUGAUCCUUUCCAACAUCCUUAGCAUUCGUUCUGCAGAGGGUAGGUCAAAAGCCUUCAGUACGUGUGGCUCCCAUGUGAUAGCUGUUUCUCUUUUCUUUGGAGCUUCAGCAUUCAUGUACCUUAAGCCUUCUAGUGCAUCUGUGGAUGAUGAUAAAAUAUCAACCAUAUUUUAUACCAUUGUGGGCCCAAUGUUGAAUCCUUUCAUCUACAGUUUAAGGAAUAAGGAUGUCCACAUUGCACUGAGAAAAACUUUGAAGAAAAGGCUGUUUACCUAA